AUGUUCGCCCGGUCGUGCUUCCGCCGCACCGCGCCUGCGCAACGCCGUGACGGCACCGCCGCGCGCCGGGGGCGGGGCCAAGGGCGGGGCGGCCCCACGUGCGGGGACACCGGCACCGACAAUGAAACCGGUACCGGCACUGACACUGAAACCGGUACCGACAUUGACACUGAGACCGGUACCGGCAUUGACACUGAGACCAGUACCGACACUGACACUGAAACCGGUACCGGCACUGACACUGAAACCGGUACCGGCGCCGUCACUGAAACCGACACUGACACCAGCACUGAAACUGAAACCGGCACCGACACUGACACUGAAACCGGUACCAGCACCGACAAUGACACCGGCACUGACGCUGAAACCAGUACCGACAUUGACAAUGACACCGACACCAAUACUGACACGGACACUGACACGGACGUCGACACUGGCACCAGCACUGGCACCAGCACAGACCCUGACACCCGACGAUGGCACCAACAGUGGCACCGGCACUGA